GGUGUUCAGUGCGACGUUUCAGUAAAGUUCUAAGAUGGCGACGGUGCAUCUGAGAAUCGGGGACCUAGUUUGGGGAAAGCUCGGGCGCUAUCCUCCGUGGCCAGGCAAGGUCGUCAGUCCUCCAAAGGACCUGAAAAAGCCAAGAGGGAAAAAAUGCCAUUUUGUCAAAUUCUUUGGAACUGAAGAUCAUGCCUGGAUAAAGGUGGAGCAGCUGAAGCCAUACCACCCCCACAAAGAGGAGAUGAUCAAGAUCAACAAGGGCAAACGUUUCCAACAGGCUGUGGAUGCAGUGGAAGACUUCCUGAAGAAGAAAGAGAAACAGGGGGGGAAAGAACAGAACUCUGAGGGGAAAGGAGACUCUAAAGGAAAGAAGACACCAACUAAACCUCUGAAGAUCCUAGAGGAAGAUGACGAAGACCUCAGUGCCCUGAAAGACCCCUCUGAGAAGGACCUAACUGACUCUGACCCAGAGCCGUCCAGUGUUGAGCGACUAGGGGGCCUGGGAACUACUGGACCUGUCUCAGGAUUCAAAUGGGAGAGCAGUCCAGUACGGGAUGAUCCCCAUUUCCACCACUUUCUGCUCAGCCAGACUGAGAAGCCUGCCUCGUCUAUGGAGCCGAUCAGUAAACGCCUGAAGGUCGUUGAGGAGGACACGAGGUCAACGUCCAUCCAAGCAGCAGACAGCACUGCCAUCAAUGGCAGUAUUACUCCCACAGACAAACGGAUAGGGUUCCUGGGGCUGGGGCUUAUGGGUAGCGGAAUCGUGUCCAACCUGUUAAAGAUGGGCCACGUCGUCACAGUGUGGAAUCGCACAGUAGAAAAGGUACCACAAGACAACCAACAUUGUGACCUGUUCAUCCAGGAGGGGGCCAGGUUAGGGCGGACCCCAGCGGAGGUGGUCUCCAUGUGUGACAUCACCUUCUCCUGCGUCUCAGACCCCAAGGCUGCCAGGGAUUUGGUGCUGGGUCCCAGUGGAGUGCUCCAGGGCAUCAGGCCAGGGAAAUGUUACGUAGAGAUGUCUACCGUGGAUCCCGAGACCAUCACAGAGCUCUCACAGGUGAUCUCGUCGCGGGGCGGCCGCUUCCUGGAGGCUCCUGUGGCUGGGAGCCAGCAGGUCUCUAACGAGGGCAUGCUGGUCAUCCUAGCGGCCGGAGACAGGACGGUCUAUGAAGACUGCAGCUCCUGUUUCCAGGCCAUGGGCAAGACCUCAUUCUUCCUAGGUGAGGUGGGAAACGCAGCGAGGAUGAUGCUGAUCCUCAACAUGGUACAGGGAAGCUUCAUGGCAACCAUCGCCGAGGGGCUGACCCUAGCCCAGGCCACAGGCCAAUCACAGCAUACCUUCCUGGACAUCCUGUCUCAGGGUCAGAUGGCCAGCACCUUCGUGGACCAAAAAUGCCAGAAUAUCCUACAGGGAAACUUCAAACCAGACUACUAUUUGAAACACAUUCAGAAGGAUCUGAGGCUAGCCAUCUCCAUGGGCGACACAGCCAAUCACCCGACUCCUAUGGCUGCAGCAGCCAAUGAGGUCUACAAGAGGGCUAAAGCGCUGGACCAGUCAGACAACGACAUGUCAGCUGUCUACAGAGCCUACAUUCACUAAACCUCCUGAAGAACCUCUCCCCCCGACCCGUCCCCUCCUCCCCCCCUGUCCUCCUCCCCCCUGUCCUCCUCUCCCCCCUGUCCUCCUCUCCCCCCUGUCCUCCUCCCCCCCUGUCCUCCCCCCCUGUCCUCCUCUCCCCCCUGUCCUCCUCCCCCCCUGUCCUCCUCCCCC